AUAUAAUAAAACCAAUUUUAUAAUAUGUACUUGUACUCACAGAUACACAAUAGAAGAUUAGAAGAGCAGCUAAUACGCUACCUAUAUAAUUUACAAUUUAGUAUUAAAUUCCAAUUCAUAGAGAGCAGUCGUAUUGAUUAAUGUUUCAUGUAUAAAUUAAUACGAGAUCAGUGUGUCAAAGUGAUAAGAUAAGAUGUGUUUAUUUAAUCCAUGUUGUAUUUAAUUGAUAAUGUAAGUAAUGUAAUGUUAUUUUGUUUGCUAUAAUUUCUGUUGAUAAUGUGGUCUGUGAGGUGAUUAUUGGUUCUUUUAAAUAUAGAUAACAUGGCGUGUACAAGCCAAUGUCCAGACUUACUGCAAGGCGCUGCUGGAAGCACCUUCGCAAAUUUGCUGACCCAUCUGCUUGCUGCGCAAUGCUUGAUAUCAGAACCCUGGCCUAAGGAUCACCUGGACAGAGUAGCAGAUGGCGAAUCCUUCGACUUCAUCAUUGUCGGUUCUGGAACAGCUGGUUCUAUAAUUGCGAACAGAUUAACAGAGGUCGAUCAUUGGAAGGUCCUGCUUAUAGAAGCUGGUGGUGAUCCACCUAUAGAAUCUGUCAUUCCAAAUUUUUCUGGUGCUACUCAUAAUAGUAUUCACGCUUGGCAAUAUUACACAGAAAAAGAUGAAAGCACAAACAGAGGAUCAGUAAACGGGACGUCCUUUUGGCCACGUGGGAGAAUGUUAGGCGGCACUGGCUCGAUCAAUGGUCUGCUUCAUAUGAAAGGCAGCUCUGGAGAUUACGAACCGUGGAACCUUCAACCUGACGAUGGCUGGGAUUGGCCCACAAUACAAAAAUACUUCAAGAAAAGUGAAAAAAUUAUCAGUCCAUUCAUACGUAACGAUCCUGAAUUAAGAAAAAAUCAUGGAACUAGCGGAAAUUUCAUUAUUGAUCAGUUGAAUUUCACGCACACUGAAAUCGUUGAUAAACUUAUGGCUGCUUAUAGAGAAAUGGGUUUAAAAUAUCUUGAAGAUAUAAAUGGACCAACUCAAAUGGGAUAUGGUAAAAUCCGUGGUAGUAAUUACAAGGGUAGACGAGUGAGCACUGCAACAAGCUUCCUUAAUAGUGCAAAAAAUCGCUCAAAUUUAUACAUACUUAAAAAUGCUUUUGCCGAGCAAAUCAUUUUCGAAGAUCGGAAAGCUAUAGGCAUAAGGGUUUCCCUUCAUAAUGAACAAAAGGCUACAUUCUAUGUAACUAAAGAAGUUAUAGUUAGCGCAGGAUCUGUUAAUACACCCGUGUUACUUAUGUUGUCUGGAAUUGGACCUAAAUUACACUUGGAAGAGUUACAAAUAAAAGUUGUACAAGAUUUACCAGUUGGUGAAAAUCUUCAAGAUCACGUUCGUAUUCCUAUACCAGUAACAUUAAAUACCGGAGCCAAACAAAAGGGUGACAUAUAUUGGUAUAAAGCUGCUGUUCAAUAUUUGUUGGACCAGACUGGACCACACUCUACAAAUUAUGAUCAGCCCAACAUAAAUGCUUUUCUAUCUGUGCCAGAUGGCAAACAGUUACCAGAUGUUCAAAUUGAUCAUAAUUAUUUUGUUCCCAACACAAGUUACGUUUAUCCAAUGUGCAGAAACAUUAUGUCGUUUAAUGAUGAAAUAUGCAAACAGUUUGCAAAAAUGAACGCAGAAAGUGAAAUGAUCAUAUUUUUUGUGGCCCUCUGCAGGCCUCAUUCUAAGGGUAAAAUAUUGCUACGUUCAAACUUACCUACAGAUCAUCCGAAAAUUUAUUCUAAAUAUUUUAGUGAUGACAGAGACAUGACUACGUUUAUUAAAAGUUUGAAGCGAGUUACAAAUAUAGUCAAUACUGAAUCGUUUAAAGCGGCACGAGCGGAAUUACAAAGAAUUUAUUAUAAUGAUUGUGAUGGUUUCGAAUUCAGAAGUGAUGGAUACUGGGAAUGCAUGGCAAGAACUGUGACAUACAACGUGUAUCAUCCAGUUGGAACAGCUAAAAUGGGUGCCCAGGGAGAUAAAGAUACUGUAGUCGAUAGUAAAUUGAGAGUUGUAGGUGUAAAUGGAUUGCGGGUAGCCGAUGCAAGUGUAAUGCCAACAAUUCCUAGUGUUAAUACAAACGCAGCCGUAAUGAUGAUCGCUGAAAGAGCUUCUGAUUUCAUUAAAGAGGAUCAUUUAGUUUCUUUCAAUAAGGAGGAACUAUGAACAAUUUUGUCAAGUUUUGAAUAAAAUCGUGAUUUAAAAACA